CGAGUGCGAGCGCGCCGGAGUGGCCUUGAAUGUGGACCGCCGGGGAAGAGCAGUGACUGCAGUAAUUCUCACUUGUCGUUACUUUACUCGGGGGCAAUGACUAUGAAUUUACUGAAGAGUGUCUUUACCCACCGGAAUGCCAAGAUUCUCAAGACAGCGGUAAUGUGCGACUGCCACAGAGGUUGUGCAGUGGUUUCACCGCCACAUCUUGAUCCGGGUACAUUCAAGCCACAGAAGGUUCUUAUCCUCACAAAGCUGUCCAGAUAUGAAUUUGAGAGACGGCGCCAUCCUGAACUCACUGAGAAGGAGUUGGAAAAAUGCCUGAGGUUAAGAGGAUCAGAUUAUAACAACUUGUUGUAUCACCAUUACAUACACAAGGGUGUUGAGAAUACUGUGAAUAGUGUUUUCACUGCUGCUGGCAUUGAAACAAGAAUAGUGUAUCGAUUUGACUACAGUGAUCCUAACAUUGAAUGGGCUGAUGCCAUUGUGACCACUGGUGGUGAUGGGACAUUCCUACUUGCAGCCUCCAGAAUCUUAGACAGAAACAAGCCCCUCAUUGGAUUCAAUUCAGAUCCAACAAGAUCCAAGGGACAGUUAUGCCUUCCUCAAAAAUAUUCUGUUGAAGUUCGAGAAGCGGUUGAUAAACUGUUGAAGGGAAAAUUCCGUUGGACAUUUCGGAGGAGAAUUCGGGUCACACUUAUUGGAGAUGAUAUUUUCAAGCCACCAGUGGAACUUCACAACCAGCAGUUGCAGUACCAUGAGUAUAGGUACCUGGACAUGGAACCUCAGCUGCGGAAUGUUCAAGAAGACAUACCUCCCUGCAGCGAGACGGGUAUGGCCCGAAGAGUUCUUCCAGUCUUGGCUCUAAAUGAAGUGUUUAUAGGAGAGUGUGUGUCUGCCAGAGUGUCUUAUCUGGAAUUAAGUAUGGAUACCAUGAGUCCCAUCAAGCAGAAGUGUUCUGGAUUCAUUGCCAGUACAGGAACUGGCUCAACUUCCUGGACAUACAACGUGAACAAACUCACUGAGCAGAAUAUGGAAGAAAUAUUAACAAUUGUGAAAGAAGAAACAGGUUAUAAGAUAAGAGAUACAGAUGAAAAAUUUGUUAACAAAAUCACUGAAAUAUUCAACCAAAUGCUGAUUACCAGCCCAGAGGCACCCAGGAUGGUAUAUACCAUUCGAGAUCAGCUAGUGUCUUCACCUUUACGUAGUGAAUGCAUUAAGCCUCGGGGAGUGGCCAAGUCAAUAGCUGUAAGGUCUCGGUGCUUUGAUGCUUCUCUAGUCAUAGAUGGCGGCCUGUCCUUCACUUUCAAUGAUGGAACAAGAGCCCUGCUGGAAAUACAUGAUGAAGAUGCCCUUCGAACUGUCACAUUACAUGGAGAUGUAACAGAGGUGGUAUUCAAACAUUAAUAUCAGAAAAGUCAUUAGAAUAUUGACAUUUGGAAGCUUAAUGUUUCAUGUUUUGCAUUAAAUAAUUUUUCUUAUUAUUCUUUAAUUUGAUAAGUUCUAUUUUAACCUUUUUUUUUUCUUUAUAGGACUGUCAUAGUAAGUUUCAGUCAUCCUUAUCUGUGUGGUUCAUAACUUAAAACUAUUGACCUCUCCUUCAUUGCAUCCUUUUAGUAAUUAAUCAUCAUGCUUCCAGUUAAAACAUCCCAACUUUCAACCCUUAGCAAACAUGAAUUUACCACUCAUGAAACCCCACAGUGACAUGAAUGGAUAAGAUAGAAUUUUAUAAAUAUGCUCAACAUAACAGAUUCACAAGUGUGUGAAUCAUCUUCACAACAUACAAAUUUGCCAUGAUUACUACCUAUUAUAUAAAACAGUUUGGAACAUAAGUUUGGCUCAUCAGACUUUUUAAGUAAGGAUCAGAGGUACUCUACCGGGCAUUUAAAUUGCUGAGCAUGACAUGCUGAAGAACAAAGCUGUCACAGUAAGCAAGGAUUGAUAGUUUUUAAGAUUCAUGUCCUAAUAAUAAUGAAGUAUUGUCACCUUUCAACCUUAUGGUGUAGAGAUUAGUAUGCUCAGUGUCCUGCCAAGAGGCCCUGGGUUUGGGUUUGAAUCCAAAGACAUGUAGUGGGAAUUUAAGUUUUAAUUCCUUCACACUAUAGAUCACCUUCUAAAAUGCCCUUAGCCAAUGUGACAGAGAUGUGCCAUAAAUUCCCCUGAACUUUGUCUUACAAUGAAAUAUUAUAAGCUGAAGAUAGUGAUAACAUGUUUUUAUUCUCAAUUGUCUUCAGUUUUUUUUUGCAACAAAUGUCUUCAUUUAUGUACCAGGCUGACAUCGCCACAAGAGGGAGAGCUUAGAUAAGUUCCCCCUCAUCUUUGAACACACACACACACACAUACGGUUAGCACACUCGGCUCACAAUUGAAAGGACCCAGAUUCAAGUCCUGGGCAUGGUGAGGCAAAUGGGUAAGCCUCUUAAUGUGUAGCCUCCUGUUCAUCUAAGCAGCAAGUAGGUACGGGAUGUAACUCGAGGAGUUGUGGCCUUGCUUUCCCAGUGUGUGGAGUGUGUUGUGGUCUCAAUCCUACUCAAAGAUCGGUCUAUGAGCUCUGAGCUUGCUCCGUAAUGGGGAAGGCAGGCUGGAUGACCAGCAGGUGACCAUGGUGGUAAAUUACACGUACCCUUACACAUUCCCUAGAACUAAUUUGAAAACCUCUUCAGGUGUACAUGCAUAUCCAUGUUUCUUUGCAUUAGGGGUCAACAGUAUAACUGCUUUAUCCUUGUUACAUCGUGAUAAAUCAUCCCAUUUUCUAACUGUAGUAAAUUAUCAGAAAUGUUAAUACUAUUGAGAAAUUGUGGUGAAAGCAUUUAUGGUUUCAGUUUUGUUUUUCCUUGAUACAGUAGUCUAUAUCAUAUGUUGACCAAUCAAUAUUCAAGAUACUAUCGUAGAACAUGCGUUUCAUUUAUAAAAGAAGAGUAAUAGUAUAUUUAUUAAACUUGUUUUGCAUUUGGAAAUGUGAAUAUUUGUAUAUUGCAGGAAAAAUUGCAAUUAGGAUUUUUCUUGGUGUUUUUUAGUGUAUGACAUGGUUCAGAGCUCCUAUAUAUAAAUUGUUAAUAAAAUUCUUUAAGAAAUACAAA